AUCAGCGCGGAGAUAAAACCAUCGAGGGGGUCUUCUUCUUCUUCUGCCCUGGCGUUUGUGUGUGUGAUAAGGAGGAGGAGGAGUAAAAGGAGGAAGAGGAGGGAGAGGGGGGGGGGACCGAGAGACCCCGUCGCGUUCUGACCCUCCGAAACCUCCCCUCACGCCGCCACCACCAUCACUCCUCCUCCUCCUCCUCCUCCUCCUCCUCCUCCUCCUUCUUCUUCACUUCUCUUGAGGCUGCAAAACACCAUCGCUCAUUCGCGGCCGUGACAUUUUCCAGCCCGACGCCGUAUGCUGCGCGGACAGCGAGCACGAGCAGCCAAAAAGGACGGGGGACGCGCUCCGUCCGCCUAGAACCAGCACCGAGCGAGCCGUACGCACUGCGAGCCGGAGCGAGACGCGCACCAGGCGGAGGCGAGGCGCCGCAGGAAGCCGCUGCUCCCUUUCUCCGAGCUCUCCGGACUACACCGGACGCAGCCCCGGCAGGACUGGAUACGGCCAAUAUUUACGUCUCGGGCCAGACGAGAGGAGCAAAGCUCGCUGAACUAGCCGAGCAGCGCAUCGUCGUCUCCGGUGUGGACCUGGCUGUCGAGUCGCAUGGAGAAGAGGUAUGAAGAGCUGGUGCACUACUCAGGGUCGGAGGCCAUGUCGAUGGGGGGGUACGGGGAUGACGUCAGGCCGCUCCCCCCCCCGCAGUACGGACCCACCAUCCCCGACUCCCUCAAACACCACAAGGACCAGAUCUACGGUCACCCACUGUUCCCACUGCUGGCUUUAGUGUUUGAGAAGUGUGAACUGGCCACCUGCUCCCCGCGAGACCCCGCCUCCCUCUCAGCCAACGCCCACCUCCCCGGGAUGACCAAUCACAGCGACGUCUGCUCCUCCGAGUCCUUCAAUGACGACAUUGCGGCCUUUGCUAAGCAGAUUCGCUCAGAGAAGCCGAUAUUUUCUUCAAAUCCUGAGCUGGACAACUUGAUGAUCCAGGCCAUACAGGUUCUUCGCUUUCAUUUGCUGGAGUUGGAGAAGGUGCACGACCUGUGCGACAACUUCUGCCAUCGCUACAUCACCUGUCUCAAGGGCAAAAUGCCCACGGACCUUGUGCUGGACGAGCGGGAGGGAGGGUCCAAGUCCGACAUGGAGGACUUCACCGGAUCCUGCAGCAGUCUGUCCGAGCAGAACGCGUCGUGGUUACGGGAGCCGGAUGAAUGCGCUACCACCCCCCUGGGAACUCCAGGCACGUGUGGCCUGCCUUCACACAGCACAGCAGACAACUGCAGCGACACAGGUGAUGGUCUGGAUGGAGGAGUGGCGUCGCCGAGCACGGGAGAGGAGGACGAGUCUGACAGAGACAGGAGGAACAACAAGAAGAGAGGCAUCUUCCCCAAAGUGGCCACCAACAUAAUGAGAGCGUGGCUCUUCCAGCACCUGUCGCACCCGUACCCGUCCGAGGAGCAGAAGAAGCAGCUGUCCCAGGACACGGGAUUGACCAUUUUACAGGUCAACAACUGGUUCAUCAACGCCAGGAGGAGAAUAGUUCAGCCAAUGAUCGACCAGUCCAAUCGCUCAGGUCAGGGUGGUCCCUACAGCCCAGAGGGAGCAGCUCUUGGCGGCUAUGGGCUCGACAGACAGGCUCACCUGGGGCUUCGAACAGCAGGUCUCCAGGGCAUGUCCUCUCUGCAGGGCGACUACCCCGGCACCCUCCUGUCCCAGCCCGGCUACCCUCCCCACCCCGGGCCGUCCCUCCACCCCUACCCGGGCCCGCACCCCCACGCCGCCAUGCUGCUGCACCCGCCGCCACACGCGCACCCCGCGGAGCCGCUCCUCGCGCAAGGACUGGACAUACACGCACACUAGCUGCAGGGGGGGGGGCGUGAAGUUAAUGUACGAAUCAGUGUGUGUGUGUGUGUGUGUGUGUGUGUGUGUGUGUGUGUGUGUGUGUGUGUGUGUGUGUGUGUGUGUGUGUGUGUGUGUGCGCGUAAGGAUUUAUUUACAGAAAAAAGACACAUUGCUCUGAAAGUUUACAUUCCCCACUGAGAAACUGACCUCAAAGUAGCUGUUCCACACACUGAGACACAAGUAGACAUGAACAUCACACACACAUACACACACCUCACACACACACACUCCCGCGGUCUGGACCCACAGGUUUAAGCCAUACCUCUUUCAGAGUAGAAGUGCUUCCUCCUUUCUAAACGUCUCCACUGUGUCCUGUGGGCGAGACACAUGCUUUAAACUACACUUCCCAUCAUGCCUGAGCCGAACGGAGCGACGAACACUCACCCCCGGCCUUCCGCCGCUCGCCACGCGCUGGGACGUCACCCCGUGAACGGGCCUUCUUCACGACUCCCCGUCUUCCUGCACACGCUGACUCUCAAAGACACACACACACACGCACACACUUUAUUUAAAGUUGUUUUCUUAUUCUAUUUUUAUAUUUAUGUGUGCCACUCCGGGCAGAUGCAGCUUCGUGUGGGCUUGUUAAAAUGUUAGUGCUCUUCCUCAGCAUGAAGCUAAACUCAACGAAUGACUUCCAGUCUGCCUCGCUUUUGUACCACUGACCUCCUUAAGACGCCAACAGGUGUCCGUUACCUUUCCUACACACAUCAGACACUACACUGCAGGCAUUUACACACACAUACGCACACACACACACACAUACACAGACAUAAACACACAUUUCUGUAAGCAUUUCUAGUAUGUACAUGUUUGUCUGUCACGGCAGUGUGUGAGGGCAGCUGCAGCCAAAGGACUCUUUAAACAUUCGGCUCCCUCUGCACAGAUUGCUGAAGCAUUUCUGAAUGAUGAUGGAAAAUACAGUUAAAAUAUUAAAACAUUUUUUUGUAA